AUGAAAAUGAUGAUUGGCUGCAUCACAAAAGGUACACAAUUUUGUUUCAAAAGAGUAACAACAGCAAAAACCAAUUGUACAAGUUCGUUGGAACUAACUUGUAAAAUAACUUUAGAAGAUAAUAUCAUGAAAAUAGCUUCAGUGGAAUUCAUUGUUGGCAUUAAAAUCUUGAACUCUGAUGUCUUACUUGACAAGCAAAGAGAGGUAAAUGCAUUUUUGGUCAAAUAA